AAGCAAUAAUAUAUUUAUAAAGUGGGUUCUGGACAUUGGUCAAUGUUUUAACACCUUGUUCAAAAACCUAUGUAGGUCUAACAAAGCUCAGCAGGAAGAGUUAAAAAGAGAAAUUCCAUUCAAAAUCACUCUAGAUAAUACAAAAUACCUGGGAAUCUAUUUGCCAAGACAAAUGCAGGAAUUAUAUGAUCACAUUUUCAAAACACUUUUCACACAAAUAAAGUUAGAUCUAAACAAUUGGGAAAAUAUUAAUUGUUCAUGGGUAGGCCAAGCUAAUAUAAUAAAAACAACAAUCCUACCUAAACUAAUUUACUUAUUCAGUGCCAUACCAAUAAAAAAAAAAACUAUUUCAUGGAACUAGAAAAAAGAAUAACAAAAUUCAUCUUAAAAAACAACAACAAAAGGUCAAGAAUAUCAAGGGAACUAAUAAAAAAAAUGUGAGGGAUAGUGGCUUGCCAGUGCCAGAACUUAAACUGUACUGUAAAACAGUAAUCAUCAAAAUAAUCUGCUACUGGCUAAGAAAUAGAAGGGGGGGGGGGCGCAGCUGGGUGGUUCAGUGGAUUGAGAGCCAGGCCCAGAGAUGGGAGGUCCUGGGUUCAAAUGUGACCCCAGACACUUCCUAGCAGUGUGACCCUGGGCAUGUCACUUGACCCCCAUUGCCUUGCCCUUACCACUCUUCUGCCUUAGAACCAAUACAAAGUAUUGAUUCUAAGACAGAAGGUAAGGGUUUAAAAACAAAGAAAUAGAAGGGUGGAUCAAUGGAAUAUAUUAGGGGUAAAUGACCUCAGCAACAUAGUAUUUGAUAAAUCCAAAGAUCCCAGCUUUUGGGGUAAGAACUGGCUAUUUGACAAAAACUGCUGGGAAAUUUGGAAAACAAUAUGGCAAAAAUGAAGUUUGCAUCAAUAUCUCACAUCCUAUACCAAGAUGAGGUCAAAAUGGGUAUAUUGAUUUAAACAUAAAGAGUGAUAUUAUAAGUAAAUUAGGGAAACAUAGAGUAGUUUACCUGUCAGAUCUGUGGAGAAGGGAAAAUUUUCUGACCAAACGAGAUAGAGAACAUUACAAGAUGUAAAGUGAAUAAUUUUGAUUAUAUGAUAUGUUUUUAUACAAACAAAACCAAAGCAACAAAGAUUAUAAGGAAAGCAACAAAUUGGGAAAACGUUUUAUAACAAAUUUCUCUGAUAAAGGUCUUAUUUCUCAACUACAUAAAAAACUAAGUCAAAUUUAUAAGAAUUCAAGUCAUUCCCCAGUUGAUAAAUGAUCAAAAGAUAUGAAUAGACAGUUUUCAGAUAAACAAAUCAAAGCUAUCAACAAAUCAUAUGAAAGGGGGCAGAUGGGUAGCUCAGUGGAUUGAGAGCCAGACCUAGAGACAGGAGGUCGUAGGUUCAAAUCUGACCUCAGACACUUCCCAGCUUGACCCUGGGCAAGUCACUUAACCCCCAUUGCCUAGCCCUUACCACUCUUCUGCCUUGGAGCCCAAAAUGGAAGGUAAGGGUUUAAAAAAACAAAACAAAAGAAAAACAAAAAAAACCCCAAAUCAUAUGGAAAAAUAUUCUAACUCCUUCUUGAUUAGAGAAAUGCAAAUUUAAACAACUCUGAGGUACCACCUCAGGCCUAUCAGAUUGGCCAAUAUGACAGUAAAGGAAAGUGAUAAAGGUUGAAGGGAAUGUGGUAAAAUUGGGACACUAAUACAUUGCUGGUGGAGUUGUGAACUGAUCCAACUAUUCUGAAGGGCAAUUUGGAAUUAUGCCCAAAAGACUAUAAAAGAAUGCAUGCCCUUUGAUCCAGCAAUAACACUAGGAGGAUUGUAUCCCAAAGUGAUUUUUAAAAGUGGGAAAGGACCUGUUUGUACGAAAAUAUUUAUAACUGUUUUCUUUGUGGUGGCAAAGAAUUAGAAACUAAAGGAAUGUCCCUCAGUUGGGGAAUAGCUGAAUGAAAUGUGGUAUAUGAUGGUGAUGGAAUACUACUAUGUUGUAAGGAAUGAUGAACAGGAUGAUUUCAGAAAGGGCUGGAAAGAACUAUGUGAAUUGAUGCAGAGCAAAAUAAGCAGUACCAAGGAAACAUUGUACAUAGAAACUGAAAUAUUGUGGGAUGAUCAAAUGUGGUAACUUUUGCUACUAACAGCAAUACAACAGUCUAGCUAGAACAAUUCUUAGGGACUUAUAAAAAAGAACACUUGUCCACCUCCAGAGAAAGAACUGUUGGAACAAAAAUGCAGAUGGAAGCAUAUGAUUAUUGCUUAUUUAUUUGGGCAUAUAUUUUAGGAUUUUGGUUUUAUAAAAUUAUUUACUUUAAAAAAUGAAUAAUAUGGAACCCCGAUUGAAUUGCUUGAAAGCUCCAGGUGGGGGUGGAGGAUGGGAAGAUGGGUGAGAGACAAUAUGGAAUAUAAAACUUCGGAAAACUCGUGGAAAUUUGUUAUUAAAACGAAAAAAAAUUUUUUAAACGUAUGCAGGGUAUACUUUAUAUUGAUCAUUUAUCAUUAUUUGCAUUUUUUCCUCACUUUCUUAAGUCUAGAUAAUCAACAAAACAAUAAAUCAAACUGAUUUUCUAUACGUAAAUACUAAAAAUUUAACAGUCGCUCGAGCUGUCUCCAGUCUAUCCCCCAAUACCCAGGGCAGUUUUUUCUAGAGUACCGCUUCUCUGCCUCGAAGUUUUUAUGAAUUUGCAGUCCGACCGCGGCCUACAAAUCCCAGGGUGCUUCGCGAGGCAGCGUUCCAUGCAUCGCGUCCCCCCCCUCUCCCUCGGGCAGGGUGAAUAAAGGUUCCGUGGUGGGUGCACUGCGGGCUGGUUUGUUAUCGUCUGCGGGUGACGGAGGCCCGGGGGUGGGGGGCGGCGUGGAACCGGUGGGCGGGAGAGCGGACUGGGGCGUAGCGAGGCUGGGGCUCCCUCUUCUUUCCACAUUGGGGGGCGGGCUGAAAAGAGACGGGAGGCCGGGCAGGCCGGCGGCCUGGGUCCGAGCAGCGAAGACGGAGUGGUCGGAGGAGAUGGAGGACGGCGGUGGCGGGGGUGGGGCGGCCCCGCGCGGGAGCGGCCAGUCCACGGGCACCGGCUCCGGCGGCGGCGGGAUCGGGCUGGCCCGGGAGCUGGGCCGGGCCUUCGCCCACCACCGCCUUUACUUGAAGCGGCUGCAGCAGAACCUGAGCGAGACCCAGAAGUUCUUUUCCGACAUCCAGUGCUCCUACGACCGCAGCUUUCCCCCUUCACCCCCGGUCCCCGGCGGCUUCGGCCCGGAGCAGGGCCUGGGGGCCGACGGCGAUGUCUCCGAGGCCGUACUGCGCGCCGGCCACCUGAGCUGCAUUUCCUUCCCACCCCAUGAAGAAGAGUAUCUCCAGUUGAUUGUGAAUUGCUUUCCUUGUAUCUUCAUCCUGGGCCAGGACUGUAAUGCAAAGUGCCAGCUACUGAACAUGCUGUUGGGGGAGCAGAUACUACCUACCACCAAACGGGGCAGUGAGGACAGCUGUAAGCGACGGCGCCUCCACUUCACUAAUGGGAAGCAAACUCAGGUCAGCCUGGCAUUGCCCGGCCAGUAUGAACUAGUGCACACUCUGGCCUCUCACCAGGGCAAGUGGGAAACCAUUCCUGAGGAGGACCUGGAGGUCCAUGAGGACAGUGAGGACCCUGCCCACAUCUUGGCAGAACUGGAGGUGACAAUGCACCAUGUUUUACUACAGGAAGUGGACAUUGUGGUUGUGCCGUGCCGUGGGUUCCAGCCCCUAGUGGAUUCUCUAGGUGAGUUAGUGAAUGGUGUCCUGCCUGUGGUGAUCUUUGCGAUCAACAAUGAUGAACUCUCAGAGGUAGAUGAGGAAGAACUGAGAAAUAUCCGGGAACGGCUUUCUCUGCCUAUAUUCUUUUUCAAAGUACCGAAGUUGGGCUCCAAGCUGAUUUCCCCCCACCCUUCCUCCAAGAAAAGAAUGGAAACUGCAAGAUCAUCACUUCACCGACAGCUAGUUGAUCUAAAUUACCUGAGUGACUGUCACUAUAACUGUGGGACCUCUGGCCUGGAUGCCAAAGCUCAGAGCAUGUUGGUGGAACAGAGCGAUAAGCUGAGACAAUUGCACACAUUCACUCAACAGGUGCUACAGAUGCACCUUGUAGAUGCAGCCACAAUUCUCAACCUGGUGCACUGCCGGUGCCUGGAUAUCUUUAUCAACCAGGCCUUUGACAUGCAGCGGGACCUACAGAUCACUCCAAAGCGGCUUGAGUACACUCGAAAGAAAGAAAAUGAGCUGUAUGAGUCACUGAUGAACAUUGCCAACCGCAAGCAGGAAGAGAUGAAGGAUAUGAUCGUAGAGACUCUCAACAUCAUGAAGGAAGAACUUCUGGAUGAUGCUGCCAACAUGGAGUUCAAAGAUGUCAUCAUCCCUGAGAAUGGGGAGCCAGUGGGCACCAGAGAGAUCAAGUGUUGCAUCCGUCAGAUCCAGGAACUCAUCAUCUCCCAACUUAACCAGGCUGUGGCCAAUAAGCUGAUCAGCUCAGUGGACUAUCUUCGUGAGAGUUUUGUGGGAACCCUGGAACGGUGUCUGCAGAGUCUGGAAAAGUCCCAAGAUGUUUCAGUCCACAUCACUAGUAACUAUCUCAAACAGAUUUUAAAUGCUGCCUAUCAUGUUGAAGUUACAUUUCACUCAGGCUCAACAGUAACCAGGAUGCUGUGGGAGCAGAUCAAACAGAUUAUCCAGAGAAUCACAUGGGUAAGUCCACCUGCUGUUACUCCAGAAUGGAAGAGGAAAGUGGCCCAGGAUGCCAUUGAGAGUCUCAGUGCCUCCAAGCUGGCCAAGAGCAUUUGCAGCCAGUUCCGGACCCGGCUUAAUAGUUCUCAUGAGGCAUUUGCAGCUUCCCUGCGACAGCUGGAAGCUGGGCAUUCAGGCCGUCUGGAGAAAACUGAAGACCUCUGGCUAAAGGUUCGGAAAGAUCAUGCCCCACGCCUGGCCCGCCUUUCCCUGGAGAGCCGCUCCCUGCAGGAUGUCUUGGUGCACCGUAAACCUAAACUGGGUCAGGAGCUGGGCCGGGGACAGUAUGGUGUGGUGUACCUGUGUGACAAUUGGGGAGGCCAUUUCCCCUGUGCCCUGAAGUCAGUUGUUCCUCCAGAUGAGAAGCACUGGAAUGAUUUGGCAUUGGAGUUUCACUAUAUGAGGUCUUUGCCCAAGCAUGAGCGUCUGGUGGAUCUUCAUGGUUCCGUCAUCGACUACAACUACGGCGGUGGCUCCAGUAUUGCGGUGCUGCUCAUCAUGGAGCGGCUACACCGGGACCUUUACACAGGGCUGAAGGCUGGGCUGAUUCUGAAGCUGCGCCUGCAGAUAGCCCUGGAUGUGGUGGAGGGAAUCCGCUUUCUGCAUAGCCAGGGGCUUGUCCACCGUGAUAUCAAACUAAAGAACGUGCUGCUUGACAAGCAGAACCGAGCCAAGAUCACUGACCUGGGCUUUUGCAAGCCUGAGGCCAUGAUGUCUGGUAGCAUCGUGGGUACCCCAAUCCAUAUGGCCCCAGAGCUCUUCACAGGGAAAUAUGAUAAUUCUGUGGAUGUCUAUGCUUUUGGAAUCCUCUUCUGGUACAUCUGCUCGGGUUCUGUAAAGCUCCCUGAAGCAUUUGAAAGGUGUGCCAGCAAAGACCACCUCUGGAACAAUGUGCGGAGAGGAGCCCGGCCAGAGCGACUCCCGGUAUUUGAUGAAGAAUGUUGGCAGCUGAUGGAAGCCUGCUGGGAUGGUGAUCCUUCCCGGCGGCCUCUCUUAGGCAUUGUUCAGCCCAUGCUCCAGGGUAUCAUGGACCGGCUGUGCAAGUCAAACUCUGAGCAACCAAGCAAAGGACUAGAUGAUUCUACUUGAAGACAUCUUUUCCCUGUCUCUUCUUCUAUCUUCUCUUAUCCUCUUGUUUUUAAACUCCUUGGUUAUAGGAAAAACUUGGCAUUAUAUUACAUCAUAGGAAACUUCUGAGGGAACUGCUUUUGGCUUUGUAACUUGAGACAGCUUCAAACUAUGGUGAUUUCAGUCACUAAGAGAAGUUAGAUUGUUGUCCUAGCACAUUCAUCAGUUGUUUGUGGCAAUGAUCCAAGCAGUCUAUACAAAAGCAAAAAACAGUCUAGGUCACAGAUAAAAGCUGAAGUGUGGGAGAUUUUGGCCUUUGGAGCCUUCUCAUUUCUAAGACCCGUGAAUUUUCCCAAAGCACUGGAUGGUGUAUUAUGAAGUCAAUAAUAUAAAGAGACAUCAUCUGACUGACUUCUAUUCUAUCAGGUGUUAAUUAGUUUGGUUCCAUCCAGUUGUCAGGAUAGGACCUCAGAAAUGUCAAGUUUAGGUGAUGGAAUUUGGGGAGGGGAAACAUGAGAGAGGGCCAGAGGGAGAAAGAAUUAUGUUGAGAUGUGUCUGUUUUUUCCUGACUGUAACCAGAGCUCUUUGAUUGCAGCAGCAUGAAGCCUCAGGUUUUGGUAGCUGUAAAUAAAGUCAGCAGUGCUCUGCAUUGCCAGCGAAGUUUACAUUUGGGGAGAAGGUUUUACCAUUGCACCACUUUGGUUUCCCCAAAGAAAUGAGUUAUUAAGAGCUCAUGUUACUGUUAACCCCAGAGGCUGCAGGUGAGAUCUUGUCUUCUUAGUUUUGAAGCUAGCUUCAGAUAACAGUGAUGCUUGGUGGGCUGGGGUAUCUGGGUAGGCAUAGCCCAGUUUAAAAUGUUUGGGUGAGACCCAAGAAAAUAAGAAACACUUUGGAGGACACUGGCUUUUAUGGGAGUUACCUAAGUUCAGACCUCCCAGAAAGAUAACCAGUUUGUGUUUUUAAAUGUUUGAAAAACAAAUCUUUCUCUUUAUUUUUUGAACCUAACACACUGACAUUUUAAAAUCUUGCUUGCUAUCAAAGAUCUUUUAACCAGGCCUUCUAUUGUUCAUUAUUUUCUUUCUCUCUUAAAUAUCAUUUGCUAGAAGACAAACUAACAGAAGAGAGAGAAAAGAGCACUGUAGCAGGUUCAGAGGUACACAAUUACUGCAUAUAGCUGUCUGCCUGGAAGGGUCACUCCCCCCUUCACAGUUAGCAGUGGAAGACAGAAACGUCCUUGGAGGAAUUUUCACACACACAAAGAAGGUGAAGUGGAAGAGAUCUGGGUUUGGUAUAUGAAAGACUCCUAUGGUCACUUCCGUUCUUCUUAAAUCUUGGCUUCCAGCUCUUCUGAAUCCCAGAGUAUUAGUUACCCAGCUCUUUCUUGUUUAAAUAAGAGGAAUAGAGAGAAUUGACAGGAUUGGUGGAUCAGGAUGAGAAACUCCUGCUUGUCACUUAGUCUAUGUGUCCCAGCAGCUAUAACCUGCUUUACUGUGUUCUGUUCUUAAAGUGUCUGGAAUACUUUGCAACCAGGUACAAAAUGCACAAUGAAUGGUGCAUUUAUUGCUGAAACUUUCUAAGUCUUUUUUUGGCUUGACUAUUAACAUAUGGGAAAAGGAGAAUGCCAGAACCUUGAUAUAAAAGCCUAGUUUGAUGACUAUCUUUAGCAGGGGCUGCUGCAGUGCCUAACACUUCAGAAGUUUCAUUUAUAACCAAGAACUUUCACUUGCAGUUGAAGACCCAGGCAACUACUUAUCUUUGAGACCUUAGGCAUCACACUUCUUUUAUGUGGACUAUCUAGAGCAUUCUUCCUACUUAGGAAAAUGAUUUGGACCCUUAGCAUCUGUUGUUUCUCCGGGCUGUUAUAGUCUUACCAGUAUUAACCAAUUUUCCUUUUGGGCUCUGUAGGUACCAGCAUUUUUGUGGUAGAGGGAACCUAAGUCUCAAUUAGGGAAAGUUCGUAUUUAUUUUCCUUGCUGAAGAGUAGAGAAUGUACAAAAAAAGACAGUAAUAGACAUCUGUUCUGCGUGGACUUUCAAAAACGUCUUGUACAGUUUCUGCUUUGUAACUAUGUCCCCUUACAUUUUAAUCAGUUGUCACACUAGAAGUGGGUUAAAAAAUGUCUAGACUGAGUUUAGCAUUCACAACACACACCCACAGCCUCUGAUGUCCUUAAGCUCAUGGCUACAUUUACACACAGCAGCAUACUCCUCCCCCAUCCACUAGAUUUUUUUUUGGUUCAACCUUGUCUCUGUUGGUUUGGUCUUGUAACAAAUGUUUCUUUUCUAGCAUAUUCCUCUGUGUGUUUAAGUAAAAUGUAUUUAUGUAUAUAUCCAUAUGAUCCAUCUAUAUACCUGUAAGUAUAUACACAUGUACAUGCAUAUGUUACUAAUUUUCUGGGAGCCAGUGAGAUUAAGGACAAAAUAAAUCGGAGAAAAGCAAGGUGCAUAGUGGCCAGGCCAGCCAGUCUUGGGUGCUUGGGGGAUUAUUUUAAACACUCAGCAAGUUUACCAUUGGAACGAAUGUUUGCUUUUGUUUUGACAUUGUUAACUGUAUUUCCUUAUCUUGACACAUUUUUGUUUAAGUGAAUGAAUGUCAUGAAUUGUACUGUAUCAUACUUUAGGAGACACUAGAUUGUUCAAUAAUAUCUCUUCUCUAAUGCAAUGGCCAUUGAAGUCUAGAUUGUGGUAUUUCAGCAGGUGUUGUGAACAACACUGCAUCAACGAGUGUUGGGUUACACACAUGCCUCGCCAAGUGAAGACAGUUGUGGUUGCAGGCAGGGAGGGAGGAAAGGAACUCAUGGAGAAAUGAUCCUUUUCUGUACCCUCUUCUAAAUAAAGUAGCAUAGCUAGUGAGCUUCUGCCUGAUAUUCAAUAAUCAACAAGCUCCUAAAUCAGUUGAAAGUAUAGAAUACUAAGAGGUUAGGAGUCUGAAUUGAUAAUGAACCUCACUCUGAUAGCCAGCAAGCACAUUCAGGCUACUAAAAUUUGAGAAAUGCCUGUGGAAGAUGCUACCCAGCAAAACCCUUGGCCUCUUGCUCAUAGCACAGAGCAGCCUCCUUUACUCAGUGAAUCUUCCUCUUUUCUGAGGGUCAGCCUAAUUAGGAAAGGGCUAGUUGUUUAUUAGAGACCAUCCAAAGAGGGAGUUAAUUUCUAAGACGUUAUUUUCCAGGGUACUAAAUGCUGUUCCCAAAUUAACUUAAAUUUAGAACCUUAAAUGUUCAGGGAAAUGGGAAUGAGAAUGCCAAACAUAGAAGUUAGAUGAGCUACAGCUGCUGACCAUAUUAUUCUGUUCUUUGCUACAUUUUAAUAUCUUUGAAGAGGCCAUCAGAGACCAAAUGGACCUCACUGAAGCUUUAAUAGCUUUGUUUGCCUUAUAGGUAACUGUUUAGUGACGCAAGAAGAGUGGUGGGUGGUCAGCAUCUGAUUGCUAUAAACAAUUUAUAGAACCCAAGGGGUAUUAACUGCACUGAGCGAAACUUUCUUCAUUGGCUUAUUUUUUACACUUAGAAGCAGAACAGGAUGUGUUCUUUUUGGCACUUGUGGAAAUAGUGAUGCCCUUGUAGCCCUUCCCUACAGAGAAUGGGUGUUUAGUAUUUGACUUAUACACGGUAAUGCCAAAGUCAUGCCUUGUUGGCACAGGGUGAGCAGCCCUCCAGUGGUCACUGAGUAGCUGCUUUUCUAUCUUUAUGGGAGUUUUCCCCUUGCAAUUUGCUGGGAAAACAGCCUUUUACCUUUUCUAAAAAUGAAAAUCUUUUACUGAUUCCCAGUGGGUCUGGAACUAGGGCUGGGGGAGAACUGGAGGAAUUGAAAAUUCCCUCAGGAUUUUAAGUAGUACUACUGCUCUUAAAGAGAUUUUACUUUUCAAUUCAAUGGUGUGCUUUUUUUUUUUUAAACAUUUAGUUCAAUCACAUUAAUCACAAGGGCUCUGGGCACAUGUGUUUAUGUGACAUGCACCUGAUACUGAGGCCAGCUUGCUAAGAGAGCCAUGGAAAAAGUUGGUCAAAUUUGUUGUAUAAUGUCUGUGGGUAGUGCUUUUUAUUUGUUUUAAAGGACUGAUGUUUAUUACAGUGUUAAAGGAAAAUCUAACAAACUAAAUGUUUAGGAUGAAAGUGCAAUAACAAAAGAAAUUACUUUGGAACAAACUCCCAAUUCUUAUGACCUCUCCUACUUUGUACUACACCAUGUUACUGCAGGGCCAUAUUGUGUUUAUUUUUAAGAGACGCGACUGUGGGUUAAGACUUUGUUUAGUGUAAUUUUUGAAUGGUAAGGUUUGGUUUUUAUAGAUUAUUCUGUAUACAUGUCAGGUGCAUCAAACACCAGAUGUGCUGUAUAAUAAAGGUCACAUUAACAUUUUA